GGAGGAGAGGGGGGGUAAUCCUACCUCUGCGCACCAAGCCGAUAGAGAAAAAGGGGAGAGAGAGUCGACUGCACCCUCUCUACCUGGUAGCUCCCCGACCCUGGACAGCAUGAACCUCGAGGCUGGCCUGCACGGGCUGCACCAGGGGAGCUCGGACGCCUAGUGGAUGGGCUAGAUCGGUCAGCACGCUGCAGAGCUCAAAGGGGGCCCUUCUGCUGAGGCCUGCCUCUCGGUGCCUCCUUAACACUUUUAGUCGUUUAAGUGUAAGCUGUGGGAUUUAUUCCCCCCCCCCCCCCCCCCCCUACUUAUUCUUCUGGUUGUUUUUUUUCUUCUCCCGGCGUUGUUUUUUAUUUUUUAUUUUCAUGUCAAGUCAAGAGGCAAUCAUGUCUGGUUGCGACUGAGUGGAACAGGUUCCUGUAAACCCGGGCAGUUUCCCCCUCCCUGCAUAGUAGCACAUGGAUUUCAAGACUUCAAAUGAAGAGACAAAGACUGGGAUUUAUUUGCUGCAAGAAGGUAAUGAAGAGCCGUUCAACAUUCGACUGCACUUGGCCAGAGACAUUCUGACGAUCCAGGAGCAAGAUGUCAUCUGCGUGUCCGGAGAUCCCUUCUACUCCAGUGAGAGGACUGUGACCAUACGCAGACAGGCAAUCGGAGGGUUUGGCCUGAGCCAUCAAGGUAAACAGAUAAACGGAAUCAACGUCAGAAGCUACCGCCACGAGGAAGACACUCUGUCGUGCUCCUCCUGGCCAACGUCUCCGGGGCUCCGAUGGGAGAAGAGGUGGGUGGACCUCCGUCUCAUCCCGCUGCUCCACUCCCGUCUGUCGCACCACCUCCCGGGCUCCGACGUCUGCAGGAAAAAUGCCUUUCAAGUGAUAGCGGUGGACGGGGUCUGCAGCGGGGUCAUUCAGUGUCCUACCACCGAGGACGGCGUGGACUGGCUCCAAGCCCUCGCCAACAGUAUCUCCAACCUCACCAAGCACAAUGUGAAGAAGACUAACCGCAAUUUCCCCGUCAACCAACAGAUCGUCUACAUGGGCUGGGUGGAUGAGAAGGAGCUGGACUCGGUUCAGGAUCGAAUGUACACGCCUAAGUUCCUAGCCUUGAGGGGAUCCUCGCUCUUCAAGUUCUCUGCUCCUCCGGUUACAACAUGGGACUGGACACGAGCCGAGAAGAGCUUCACUGUGUAUGAAAUCAUGUGCAAGGUUUUAAAGGAUAACGACCUUCUGGACAAGAGGAAGCACUGCUUCAGCAUUCAGACGGAGAGCGGAGAGGACCUGUUUUACAGCGUCGAGCUGGAGUGUGAACUGCUCACCUGGGAGAAGGCUUUUCAGAUGGCCACAUUCCUGGAAGUGGAGAGAAUACAGUGUAAAACAUACGCCUGCAUCAUGGAGAGCCACCUCAUGGGCCUCACCGUGGACUUCAGCAUGGGCUUCGUCUGCUUCGACGCUGCCUCCAAGGCAGUGCUCUGGAGGUACAAGUUCUCCCAGCUCAAAGGCUCGUCCGACGACGGCAAAAGCAAGAUCAAGUUCCUGUUCCAAAACCAAGACUCGAAAGCUAUCGAAGCCAAGGAGCUGGAAUUCUCAAACCUCUUCGCCGUGCUCCACUGCAUCCACGCCUUCUUCGCGGCCAAGGUGGCGUGCCUGGACCCCAUGUUCGUGGAGAGCCACGCCACGGCGGCGAUGGGCUCUGGCCUCUCCUCGCUCGCCACCAUCUCCUGUAACUCGCAGCAGUCGUCCAAACUCAAGUACGCCACUUGACAGGCGGCAUCGCAGCCUCCUACCCCCUCUAUCUACCCGUUCACCCCUGCUUUCUAAGACACUGCACUUAUCCCCCCCCCCCCCCCCCCCCCCUCCCACGGACAUGAGGGGAAUGAGACGGCCCGCUCUAUGGUGACGGGGGAAAUAUACCGAUGAAUUAUAUAUCUCAUAGUGGAGUUAUUUUAAUGAGAGACUUUAUCCUCUCUGGAUAUAAAAUGACACUCUUUCCUCUCGAGAGAACACUUCCUGCGGCUGGAGUUUCCUCGCGGACCUACGCAUCAAAGUGGACGCUGAAUAACUGUGUCUCGCACUGGGAAGUGUUAUUUUCUAUGUUUCUCCAUCCUGCUUUUUAUCACUGUGUUCCCCCGAUGGAGAUGUGUCUCUAUCUAUGGUUUCACUGCUUGUAUGCUUGUAGAUGAAAUAUGUAGCUUUACAUACUUGCCAGACUAAAUUAAUUGAAUGUUUGUUCUUGGAAUCACAUUGUGAAAUGCAGGUAUUAUAAUGUAUUCUCUUUGUGUUGCGUUUGUUGCUUCAAGCGAAAUCAAAAGCUAAUUUUCUUAUACAACAUCCUUUUAAAUUUAUAGAAAGUCUAUAUAGAAACAAUUAAAUUAGAGGUUCAGUAUUUAGAUGCCAAAAUCAAUCUCUUCUUUCUCGUUCAAAACAACAAUUCAUCUAAAUAAUGACUGACUUGGUUUUCAAUUAGACUUGUUUCCAAUUGGUUGUUUAUCAAGGGCGUGUAAGCUUACAAUGAAGAACUUUUAACUAUGAUUUCACACUCAAAUGAACAUCAAAGUUAAAUUCUAUCCCAUUCAUCAUCUUUAAGAAUUACUCUCUAUGAGCCAGUCUUUGAAGAAUAUGUGUGUUAACAGACUGUGUGUGUGUGUGUGUGUGUGUGUGUGUGUGUGUGUGUGUGUGUGUGUGUGUGUGUGUGUGUGUGUGUGUGUGUGUGUGUGUGUGUGUGUGUGCGCGCGUGUGCUGAUGCUUGUGUAAGUGUGUGUGUGUGUGUGUCUGUGCAUUGGUGCACUUGCUUGUGUGUGUGUGUGUGUGGGUGUUUGUGUGUGCACACGUGUGUGUGCAAGCUUGUGUGUGUGUGUGUGUGUGUGUGCAUUUGUGUGUGUGAUGCUUUGAUUAAAAGGAAUCCAAUCAGGAGUUUGUCCAAUCAGGUAAAAGCAUCGACCAGAAUCAUCUCCAUACUAACAUACAGUGUGAUAAGUGUCAGCACAGAAAGCACCAGUAUGGAUUCACAGCAACGUGGGUUGAAGUGAAUUGCAGCCAGUGUAGUAACACGGUCACAGAAGAUGGCUACACGAAAACGUCUUGUCUGAAACCAUUUAUAAAAAUACUAAAAAUACUUUUGGUUAGAAAAAAACGUAGACACCUGCUGGGGAUUCUCAUCACUGUUGAUUAUGUAAAUAAACACCAACAUUCAAAUUAACGCGAAAGCAUAACGAUUUAUCGGGGGAACUUGAGGGAUUGCAAUUCAGUUAAUUUGUGGUGCACCAGUUAUAAGGUAGCAUUUAUCCUCCUACCUGCUAUCCUUCACCCUACAGACCAAGGUGAAGGAACAAAUUACCCCAGUGUAUUUUAUACAUAUCUUAACUUUUUCAAUUCAGCGUGUAUAUAGUGAAAGAGUUAUUACUUGAAAAGUAAAGAAACUGUUGGCAUGUCGGUGUGGUGGUUUAAGAGACGCCCCGCGGCGGAAGGUUCGUAGCACCGUGACCUUCCUGAAAACGCAACCGCACCAUCCGGAACUAUGUUUUUGUGACAAGCUAACUUAAAAAAUCCUGCCGUGUUUCAAAAGCGACAUGGUGUCAAUUAGCGUAGUUAGUCAUGCCUCUUACCUUCCAUUUCCUAAAGUAGGUCUAGAGUUAAACAUUAGAAGAAGAGGGGAGAGAGGGAUCACGGUUGGAUGACCUCCAGCAAAUGGACAAUUAAGUGCUUCACGUGUGCGUGUUGAGCUGACACCAUGGGCCCUAUUUUAACGGUCUGAAACGCAAGUGAGAAGCGCCAAGCAAGUGGCUUUUUCGGCGGUUCUAUGGCGAUGUUGCUAUUUUACCGGCGCAUCAAUGACUCUUGCGCCCGGCGCAAAUCUAAAAAGGGUUGGUCUGAAGUAGCCUAAUUACCCGUAGGUGUGGUUUGGGCGUAACGUGCAAUAAACCAAUGAGAGCGCCAGCUCCCAUCCCCUUUAAGAGCCAUGAGCGCAUUUGAAUCUGACGAGUUGAUAUUUUGACAGCGCGUCUGCUGUCUCCGAUGAGACGGAUGCAUGACCACAUGAAUUUCAAACUUCAAAUGGCUCAGUUUAUGGCCAAAUAAUAUGGCCUAAUUCACACAUGGAAUAGCGUUUUCUUCCACAACUUCAGAAACACUGAGUCCUCAAAUAAAUUUCGGCAAAGAAAACUUAACACACGUAUGAUAUGCGGAAAUUGUGGUUCUAUUUAAUGAUAUAUACGCAAUACAUUAACAAACUUAGUUUCUUACCAGUAUUGUAUGAAUUAUCGUUAUCGACUUGUGUUCCUAAUAUGCAUGUCUCCCCCCGUUAAUAUACAUUGCCAUGGACUGUAUCAUGCGUUACGUGUUUAGUUUGCGUGUGUUUAAACAGAUGGACGCACGCACGCGCGCCCGCUUUCAUUAAUUAUUUUACACAUACACACGCGCGCCAACAUUCAUUCAUUCUUUUUAACACUCACUCGCGGUAAAACAAUGUUUUCUCACGAUCAAAGACUCAUCAAUCCUAAAAGUUAUGGGCUUGUACACGAUGUCUGUGUCAAGAUCAUUCCCUAAUUUACAGGCGCGUGGCGGUGGAGGGAAAAGAACGAUCUGGAUCAACGACACAUGCGUCAGUGUAGAAAGUCAAUUGCGCCGGAUGCAAGAUAGGGCCCAUGUGUGUCAAUGGAGAGAGGAGUGGUGGUGUGUGUGCGGAGUCUAUGCAAAGACAAAGUCUGAGCGAUGCUUUAUGUGCUUUAAAACUACCUUGAUUGCAUCCACCUUAGAACACGAGGAUCAAGAGGACUUUUAUUUUUUUGCUGAUUACACCUGUUUUAUUAACAAUCUGUUGUGUAAUAACUUAAUAAAUGAGUCGUUUCAUAA